AACAUCUUGAACUUUGCCUCGAAAACGUAAACAUUGCCAUGCUGGAAGUCAAAAGUCGGCAGAAAACAUUUUUGUUUCUUUAUGAAAUUAUUUAAGAUAUUUCGCGGAAAUCGCAGAUAGACUGCUCGUAAAUUAAGUUUCCAUGGAGCCCGAAAAAGUGCAGUGCCAGUUUUUUGUGUUGAAGAAGAAACGUUUGUGCAGAAUGACGGUGAAAAUUGGAGAAACAUUUUGCGGCGAACACAUUGCCCACACUAAACCUACUGAAACCCUUGAUGGAAGUUCGGUAAGCUUGGACGAAAAGAGAGUUAGAGUUCCGUGCCCGUUCGACAGCACCCACACUUGUUUCAAAAGUCAACUGGCGAAGCACAUGGCAAGAUGCAACUCGAAGCCGAGCGAAUCCAAGCCGGAUUAUAUCUGUCCAGGUAUCAAUGCUGGCCCUGCCGAAGAAGAGGUGCCGAAAGUUCGGUUGAAUGAUGUUUCUGAUGACGAGCUCCUGAGCUUGAUCAACAGAGUUAACACUAUUUACAAUGAUCAUGUAAAAAUUAUAGAAAAAAUAAAAGAGCAUCCAUCUCUGGCUGAGGAAAUUAAACGUCCCGAUAUCGGAGCUCCAGCGCUCAAACACCUUCUGCAAAAUUCAACCCUGAUUUCUCUGAUGGAGGACGAAAAUUUGCUCAAGGACAACUCGUGCUUUGUGGAAAUGGGAGCUGGAAAAGGAAAACUCACGUUUUGGAUAGCCCAGGCAACUAAAACUUUGCAGAACUGCAAAUACUCCCUUGUAGACAUUUCCACCUGCCGACACAAAAGCGAAAACAAACUGCCACUCGAAGGAGUUUCUGCGGAAGUGAUCAGAGUCCGAGCCAAUGUUGCGGAUUUACUUUUGGAGAAGGUGGAAUUCCACGAAGGUUGCCAGUUUGUAGUUCCGGUCAGCAAACACCUUUGUGGAGCAGCAACAGAUUUUGCACUUCGCUGUGUUGGAAAUUCAAUUUCGAGUGGAAUGUCCAUUCAGACUGAAGGACUUGUGAUGGCACUGUGUUGUCACCACCGGUGUGAGUGGCGGCAUUACGUUGGAAAAGAAUUUUUUAAGAGCGUCGAAUUAUCUCCCCGAGACUUUUCGCGCAUGUGUGUUCUGGUUAGCUGGGCAACCUGCGGGACUGGAAAGAGUCGCCUGUCCGAAGAGAAAUCUGCAGACCAGCAGGAUCCAAAUCCGCACAGAGACAGGUAUGACCGACUCAAGUUGUGCCGAGAAGUUCGAGAAGAAAUUGGCCGAAAGUGCAAACUUGUGAUAGAUCAGGGAAGGGUUGAUUAUUUGCAGUCUUUAGGGUUUAAUAGUGAGCUGGUUUAUUACGUCAAGCAGAGCAUAACUCUGGAAAAUGUUUGCUUGAUCGGAAAGAAGAGCGUGAAAAGUUAACGAAAAUAUAUAAAUUUUAUUUAUCAAUUGUUUUAAUUAGAAUAAAUAAAUCACAGACUGAAGCCAAAA